CUCCCUCUCUCUCUCUCUCUCUCUCUCUUAAAUCAAUUGCAGCAAAAUCGAAUCCGAGCGCUUUUUCCAAACUCGCUGCAGAGAAAUGGGUCUACAGAGCCAAUUGAACGACGUCUCCUCCAAUUCCAUCCCCCUCCUCCUCCUCGCCCUCCUCGCCACCUGCGUCAGCCACCUCCGCUCCUCCCUCUCGUCCCUCCUCCGCUCCCUCGGCCUCUCCCGACCCGACGCGCCCGACCCCGCCGCCGCCGCCAACGACGACGCCCCUCGCCUCUCCGCCCCCCUCGGCUCCGGACUCGCCGGCCUGAUCGUCCUCGCCGAGCAGCUCAACCUCAACCGGCUCCUCUCCGAUUGGUUCUCCGGCGAAGGCUCCGACUGCUGCUGCAUGGUCUGCCUGUGCGGGCUGAGGGACGGGGACCGCGUGCGGAGGCUGCCGUGCCGCCACGUGUUCCACAAGCGCUGCUUCGACGGAUGGCUCGAUCAGCUCAAGUUCGACUGCCCCGUCUGCCGGUCCAAGCUGGUCCCCGACGAGCGCGUGGAGCUCACCGCCAGGCGCGUGGGCGGAGAACUGGCGGCCUUCUUCUCUCCGCGGUGAGGCGCGUGUCGAUGUGGCCUCAUCGUCAUGAGUACGAUGAUUGAUGAUGAGGGCAACUUCGCAAAAUUUCUGGCUCUUUUUUUCUGUUUCUUAUGGUAUUUGCAGUUUUGACCCUAGAUUAACUUUGUACCCCCUUUCUUUCUCUGAUUUUCUUGUCCAGUCCUUACAAUUAUUUUUCCUUUUCCAGUCAUGUCCUGCCACUUGGAUUUUUGAAGAGCUCGUUCGGAGUUCUUUUCAACCGUCGGUGUAAAGUCCAAGAACGUACUGCUCGUGAUAAAUAAGGAAAAAUAGGGAGAUAUAUCUUUUUGUAUGUUGCAAUUAUCUACGUCGCUCUCUCAAAUCUUUUUCUUGAAA